UUUAUAUUUUUUAUUUUUAAUGACAAAAAGUUUAGGAGGAGGGGAGGUUAUCUCAUCCCAAGUUUAGGGCAUACCAAGACCUCUUUGAGUACUUACAAAGGGAGUCUUAGCUCAUUUCAAAAGAAAAACAUGAACUUUAUGACCAAUUAAUCUCUCAAGUCUUUUUUUUUUUUUUAUUUCAAACCACCAAACACUGAAAAGCCCAAGCCAAUAAUUUACCCAAAAAAAACACUAUAAAGCCUUGAAAAAUUUGAUGGCACCGAAGUCCCUGAGGCGCAUUACAUGACUAUAUUCUACCUAUCAUACUUGUUCAUCCGCCUCAUUCUUCUCUCCUCAGAGGCUUUGAGCACAUCCAAAUGCGCGAAAACCUAGCAUUCUAAUUUUAGAACCCCAAAACCAAAAACCAACCACGCAUAUAUACAAAACACAACGCACACACUCAAAUGGAUAAUCAACCAAAACACUCCUCUGUUGGAUACAAUCUUGCCUUUCUCUCCUUACUCUUGGCCAGUGUUGUUUUUCUUUGUAUAUGGUCUUCUUCAUCCUCCGUCAUAAACCCUCUCUUUAGCUUUCAGAAACAUGACGCCCAAUGCCCGUCAAAGAACCUAGUAAGUUACAUAAAUGCUCUUAACCGUCUGCCUCAGUUUUCUAAAUUGGUUUUUUAUUUUUGUGUGUUUUUUUCACAGAGCACCACGACCACCACUACAUUUAAUGUGGCUCCAGAUGAGCUUCUGGCCACCCUAGACAAGACCUCGAUUGGCAACAAGACUGUGAUCAUUGCUGUUGUAAACAAGGCCUACGCAGUCCAAGAGGUUAAGGCAGACACCACCAUGCUUGACCUUUUCAUCGAGAGCUUUUGGCAAGGGGAGGACACUAGGCAUCUGCUUGAUCAUCUUGUGCUCGUGGCUGUUGAUCAGACGGCCUACGAUCGCUGCCAGUUUCUGAGGCUCAACUGCUACAAGCUGGAAACGGACGGUGUUGAUUUUGGGGGAGAGAAGCUUUACAUGUCCCAAGAUUUCAUCAAAAUGAUGUGGAGAAGAACUUGGUUUCUGUUGGAGGUUCUAAAGCGCGGUUACAACUUCAUAUUCACGGACACUGAUGUUUUGUGGCUAAGGAACCCGUUCUCAAGACUAAGUAAGAGCGAAACUGAGGAUUUACAGAUAAGCACAGAUAGGUUCUUUGGAGAUCCAUGGAACAUAAAACAUCCAAUCAACACUGGCUUCUACCACAUCAGAUCGAACAACAAGACCAUUGCACUGUUUGAUAGAUGGUACACCAUGAAGGACAAUGCCACGGGACAGAAAGAGCAGGAUGUCCUAUUAGACCUAAUCCGAGGGGGCAUCAUUGGGCAGCUGGGACUUAAGGUUAGGUUCUUGGACACCCUAUAUUUCAGUGGCUUUUGCCAAGAUAGCAAGGACUUUGGGGCAGUGACCACUGUCCAUGCCAACUGUUGUCGGAGCAUCGGGGCCAAGGUUAAGGACUUGAAGGCUGUCCUCCAGGACUGGAAGCAGUUCAAGAAGACCACGACCCAGAAAACAACUGCAGGUCUAGCAGCAAAUGGUUUCCGAUGGUCAGGCCACUGGGGGUGCAGGAAUUCAUGGAAAUCCUAAUAACAAUGGGAAAGCAACUCAUAAGGCAUGAAUGGUCUUAAGAGAAAGAUUAAUCAUAUAAGAAACAAAUAGUUUUUUUUUUUUCUUUCUAGGUGUAAGGUAAGUUCUCUACCACUAUAAGCCUCCACACAAAUAAUUCGUUGAAUACAUCUUAGGUUAUCGCUUCUUCUUUUCUCAUUAUUAUCAAAAUAAAUUUAUAUGUAAUUUAAAAAGGUUGAAUUCGGAAACUGUAGUAUAAAUUAAGGAUUUAGAAUGUCUUAUAUGGGUCUUCUCAAUUUUUCUUAGAGUAUUGUUUUAUUUUCCCUUGGGGCUUGUCCAAAAUAGGUCCCUACAAUUUCUAUUUCUUAGACAUAUACCUAUCAUUCUAUAAAUUAAUGUGUAAACCCUAAUUUCAAACUUAAAUGACCAGUAGGAUACAAGAGGUCAUAGUAUUCCUAUGUUUUUACAUCGUUGUCAUCAAACUUCAUAUUUUAUUUAUAAUUUAUUUCAAGCAUUUCAUUAACUGCCUUAAUUGUAAUUAAAACUCCCUAUUAAUAGCAUAUCAAUCACCCCAUUUCUUUUGAUUGUCAUUCCCUCUAACAUAUCACCCUCUAAAAUUGCAAACAAAAAAAAAUUAUGUAAAUUACAUAUCCAAUAAUGUACA